CCUCCCUUCUCCCGCCAUGCUCCAGCUGUGGAAGGUGGUACGCCCAGCUCGGCAGCUGGAACUGCACCGCCUCAUACUGCUGCUGAUUGCUUUCAGCCUGGGCUCCAUGGGCUUCCUGGCUUACUACGUGUCCACCAGCCCCAAGGCCAAGGAACCCUUGCCCCUGCCCUUGGGAGACUGUAGCAACAGUGGAGCAGCUGGCCUUGGCCCUGGCCCUGCACGGCCUCCAGUUCAACCUCGGCCCCCCAGGCCUCCUGAGACAGCUCGAACUGAACCUGUGGUCCUUGUGUUUGUGGAGAGUGCAUAUUCACAGCUGGGGCAGGAGAUUGUGGCCAUUCUGGAGUCUAGUCGUUUUCGUUACAGCACUGAGCUGGCACCUGGCCGAGGGGACAUGCCCACAUUGACUGAUCAUACUCACGGCCGCUAUGUCUUGGUCAUUUAUGAGAACCUGCUAAAGUAUGUCAACCUGGAUGCCUGGAGUCGGGAACUGCUAGACCGAUACUGUGUGGAAUAUGGCGUGGGCAUCAUUGGCUUUUUUCGAGCCCAUGAGCAUAGCUUACUAAGUGCUCAGCUCAAGGGCUUUCCCCUUUUUCUACACUCAAACUUGGGGCUCCGGGACUACCAAGUGAAUCCUUCUGCCCCCCUACUGCAUCUCACACGCCCCAGCCGCCUAGAGCCUGGGCCACUGCCUGGUGAUGAUUGGACAAUCUUCCAGUCCAAUCAUAGCACGUAUGAACCAGUGCUUCUUGCCAGCCUUCGGCCAGCUGAGCCUCCUGUGCCAGGACCAGUGCCUCGUCGGGCCCGGCUUCCCACUGUGGUACAGGACCUAGGGCUUCAUGAUGGCAUCCAGCGGGUACUCUUCGGCCAUGGCCUUUCUUUCUGGCUCCAUAAACUUAUCUUCGUUGAUGCUGUGGCAUACCUCACCAGCAAGCGCCUCUGCCUGGACCUUGACCGCUACAUCUUGGUAGACAUCGAUGAUAUCUUUGUGGGCAAGGAAGGGACCCGCAUGAAGGUGGCUGAUGUUGAGGCUCUAUUGACCACCCAGAACAAACUCAGGACUUUAGUCCCCAACUUCACCUUCAACUUGGGCUUCUCGGGCAAGUUCUAUCAUACUGGGACAGAGGAAGAAGAUGCAGGGGACGACAUGCUGCUGAAGCACCGCAAAGAAUUCUGGUGGUUCCCCCACAUGUGGAGCCACAUGCAGCCACACCUCUUCCACAAUCGCUCCGUGCUGGCUGACCAGAUGAGGCUGAACAAACAGUUUGCUCUGGAGCAUGGGAUUCCCACGGAUCUGGGGUAUGCUGUGGCCCCCCACCACUCGGGCGUGUACCCCAUCCACACGCAGCUCUAUGAAGCCUGGAAAUCUGUGUGGGGCAUCCAGGUGACCAGCACUGAAGAGUAUCCCCAUCUCCGCCCUGCCCGCUACCGCCGUGGCUUCAUUCACAAUGGCAUUAUGGUGCUGCCCCGGCAGACAUGUGGCCUCUUCACCCACACAAUCUUCUAUAAUGAGUAUCCCGGAGGCUCUCGUGAACUAGACCGGAGCAUCCGAGGUGGAGAGCUCUUUCUGACGGUGCUGCUUAAUCCGAUCAGCAUCUUUAUGACCCAUCUGUCCAAUUAUGGAAAUGAUCGGCUGGGCCUAUACACCUUUGAGAGCCUGGUGCGCUUCCUCCAGUGCUGGACACAACUGCGCUUACAGACCCUUCCUCCUGUCCCUCUUGCACGAAAGUACUUUGAACUUUUCCCUCAGGAGCAAAGUCCCCUUUGGCAGAAUCCCUGUGAUGACAAGAGGCACAAAGAUAUCUGGUCUAAGGAGAAAACCUGUGAUCGGCUCCCGAAGUUCCUCAUUGUGGGACCCCAGAAGACAGGGACCACAGCUAUUCACUUCUUCCUGAGCCUGCACCCGGCUGUAACUAGCAGCUUCCCUAGCCCCAGCACAUUUGAGGAGAUUCAGUUCUUCAAUGGCCCUAAUUACCACAAGGGUAUUGACUGGUACAUGGACUUCUUCCCUGUGCCUUCCAAUGCCAGCACUGACUUCCUAUUUGAAAAAAGCGCCACCUACUUUGACUCAGAGGUUGUACCACGGCGGGGGGCUGCCCUCCUGCCAAGAGCCAAGAUCAUCACUGUGCUCACCAACCCUGCUGACAGGGCCUACUCCUGGUAUCAGCACCAGCGAGCACAUGGAGACCCAGUUGCUCUGAACUAUACCUUCUACCAGGUGAUUUCAGCCUCCUCCCAAGCCCCUCUGGCACUUCGCUCCCUGCAGAACCGCUGUCUUGUCCCUGGCUACUAUUCUACCCAUCUGCAACGCUGGCUGACUUUCUACCCUUCUGGACAGUUGCUGAUUGUGGAUGGGCAAGAGCUGCGUACCAACCCAGCAGCCUCACUGGAGAGCAUCCAGAAGUUCCUGGGUAUCACACCCUUUCUGAACUACACACGGACCCUCAGGUUUGAUGAAGAUAAGGGAUUUUGGUGCCAGGGACUUGAAGGUGGUAGGACUCGCUGUCUAGGCAGAAGCAAAGGCCGGAGGUACCCAGAUAUGGACACUGAGUCCCGCCUUUUCCUUGUGGACUUUUUCCGGAACCAUAAUUUGGAGCUGUCGAAGCUGCUGAGCCGGCUUGGACAGCCAGUGCCCUCAUGGCUUCGGGAAGAACUGCAGCAUUCCAGUCUGGGCUGAUGUCCCAGCCUUAUGUGCCAGCAAAAAGCCCCCUGCUUCCCUAAGGGGCAAGCCCAGAGCAGGGCUCAUAAGGGGAAUUAGAGUGGCCUGGCCCCUCCCCCUUCUACCUCAGUGGCCCCUAGGCCUGAGAUGGCUGAGAAGGGAAGAGUAUCCCUUUCAGAUAGUUCUGGGGCCUAACAAAGGGGCUUCCCUUGGUACCCCACAUCAUGGUACUAGGCACCUUUGACCCAUGAUCUUGAGAGGUGGGGAGGAGCGAGGGUCCAGGCAGGGUAUAGGGGAAUGUAUUAGUCCAAUGACUUCCCUCUUCAUCCCCAGCAUUGCAUCUAUCUGUACCUGGCUGUGGAAGGGACCCCUUGCUAUGGCCCCUUUAGUCAGGCAGUGGGAUCUACCUGUGGCCCGACCUCCCUGAUGUCAUUCACAUUGAAUGGGGAUGAGGUCGGACAGUGGCUCAUGGAGCUAAGUAUGAGCCCUAGCUGUGGGCUAGAAAUGUCCUUAAUAAACAUCCUUAUUUUUCUGUUU